GGAGCUCUGAGCAGCCGGUCCCUUUCAGGCCCUCCCGGUGAUGGAGGGAGGCUGUUAGCUUCGCCAGCAGCUGUGGAGCGACGAGGCCGGCCCAUGGACCUACCAGAGAGCCCAGCGGAUGGCGCUGCUGCUCAGAUGUACCUCUGGGAACAGCCGGAGGAGUCGCGCCUGGAGACACCGCUCAGCUUAGAGGACCAAAUACUCAACUCUAUGUUCGAGGCUUGUGACCCCCAGAGGACAGGCUCUGUGGCUGUGACCCGAGUGCUAGCCUACCUGGAGGCUGUGACCGGACAGGGCCCCCAGGACGCACGCCUCCAAACACUGGCCUGCAGCUUGGACCCCAAUGGGGAGGGCCCUCAGGCCACCGUGGACUUGGACACCUUCCUGGUCGUCAUGCGAGACUGGAUCACUGCCUGUCAGCUGGAUGGAGGAUUAGAGCUGGAAGAGGAGACUGCCUUCGAGGGGGCCCUGACCUCCCAGCAGCUGCCAUCUGGAGGCCCCGACACAGAGGAGCCAGCCAACCUGGAGAGCUUCGGAGGCGAAGACCCCAGACCUGAGCUGCUGGGCACCGCCGACCUGCUGAGCAGCCUGGAGGACCUGGAGCUCAGUAACCGCAGGCUGGCAGGGGAGAACGCCAAGCUGCAGCGCAGCGUGGAGACCGCCGAGGAGAGCUCUGCGCGCCUCGGGGAGGAGAUCUUGGCCCUGCGCAAGCAGCUCCGCAGUACCCAGCAGGCCCUGCAGUUUGCCAAGGCUGUGGAUGAGGAGCUGGAGGACCUGAAGAGUCUGGCCAAGAGCCUGGAGGAACAGAAUCGCAGUCUCCUGGCCCAGGCCCGGCAGACGGAAAAGGAACAGCAGCAUCUGGUGGCUGAAAUGGAGACUCUGCAGGAGGAGAAUGGGAAGCUGCUGGCUGAGCGGGAUGGGGUGAAGAGGAGGACUGAGGAGCUGGCCAUGGAGAAGGACGCUUUGAAGCGGCAGCUCUACGAGUGUGAACGCCUCAUUUGCCAGCGUGACACCGACCUCUCCGAGCGCACGUGCCACGCAGAGAGUCUGGCCAAGACCUUGGAAGAGUACAGAACAACCACCCAGGAACUGCGGUUGGAGAUCUCCCACCUGGAGGAGCAGCUGAGUCAGAUCCAUCAGGGGCCAGAUGAGCUACCCAAAGGGGCUCAGGCGAGAGGAGUGGACUGGACCACGCUGCUGCCCCCAUCACUGGGCGUGGAGAUCCACGCCAUUCAGCAGAAACAAGAAGAGGCAGCCACCCAUCUCUCCAGCCCGCUGUGUGGGGUGUGGCAGUGGGAGGACGGCACCAGUGAGAGCGAUGAGGAAGCUGAGUUCCUGCCUGAAGCCCCAGCUGAGGGGCAGAUGAACUUCCAGGGAGAGCCAGCGUUCCAGCAUGGAGGAAGGAAGGAGCGGUCCAUGUGGUUGCCCAGAAGAGAGGAAGAGGAGGAAACGGAGAUCCACGUCACGGCUGAUCUCUCCAUCCUUCCGGGAGACCCUCCCCCUGGAGACAUUCCAAGAAGCCCUCCUGAGAGCAGCCCCUCCCAGCCAGACCUACAGCACGCGCUGGUGCCUGUGGAGAGGAAGCUGGUUCCAGUUAGGAGGCCAGUCUGGAGCCACUUCUGCCUGUGCCCCCUGCACCCCCAACCCCAGCAGCUCAGGGUCACGCGGCAGCCGCUGAUUCCCACUCCCGUCCUGGGUUUCCUGCUGCUGCUGCUGCUCUCCGUCCUGCUGCUGGGCCAGCCCCCGCCCCCCACCUGGCCCCACCUCCAGCUCUGCUACCUCGGCCCCCCGCCAGUGUGAGCCAAGCUCCCCGCCCCUCAGCAAUGUCCAGUUCAGCGAAUUUCUCGGUGGUUCCUAUUGUUGUGCCACUGUUAGCGAGACCCCAGAUGCAGUUCAGUACUCGAGUCCAUACCCCGGAAUGGGGUCUUUAUGUGACAUCUCUUGGUUUUGUGAUGUUUUUUACUACAUUUCUUUAUAAUAGCGAAACACUCCCAAUAAUGGAGCAAGUGCUAGGGAUUUAUUUCCUCACAAAGGAGCCUGGAGAACAGCACGAGGCCCACAGCUGCUAUGACCCUCCUGGCCCUUCCCUCCUGCUCCGGGAUGGCGGCCCUUGUGGCUUCACCCAUCAUCUCUGCGGA